GCUGUAAGGUAUCGCCCCGUGUCCUCCGGGAUAACACCUUGGCCCCACCUGGGAUUCUGCAUCGCGGUACUUGAGCUCCCGGGAUGCUGGAGCUUUUUUUUGGGGGGAUCAGCACCUAUCUAAACCACUGCUGCUUUAGGAAUGGUGUAGGAGAGACCUGAUGGUAAGCGUUGAGGGUUGGGAUUUGUUCGAAUACCGGCCCCAAACCCACUGUGUUUCCCGAGCUCCGCAGGGCUGUGCGCGGUUGGUGUCCCUGGUUUCCCAGGGAUCUCGUUCUGUGCAGGGUUGGAGCACUCCUUAGUGCCCCAGCUGGGCCAUCCCUGCACAGCGAACAUGGGCUUUCCAUGGCGUAGUUUCUUUCCACCUGGGAGUUUGGACUGGAUAGAACUCAGCCUUUUUCUCAGGAUUGCCACCCAGCCUAGAAUUUUGGGCUAAACUUCAUGGAUAGAAAUUUCAGUACUGGUUUGUUGUUACUGUUCAACAUCACAAGCUAUUUGCAGAAUAGUAUUAGUGGAUUUAAUACAAUGGAAUUCCUAAGUUUAGUGGCCAGACCCAGGUUAGACAGGUAGAAUUUCCCCCUUGCAGGCCUUGAUAACAAACAGCUUUUAAAAACAACCUGGGAUUAAAAAUUUUGAUACGUAUGGCUUCAAAGGGUUUGCUUUAUGGAUAGUUAACUUCAUAGGUGAUCUUUGUAGGGGAGGGAGAUUUGGGUUUUUUUUCUGGUUCUUUCAGAUAUUAACUCUGAAAAAUACAUACAUGCUGGUUUUUCCCACUACCUGCUUCUCAAAGCAAGCUUCAGAGUAACCAGAUCAGAAAGUCUUUAUUAUUCUGUGCCACUUUGUGUGGAAGCAUUCUUUUCCCUGCUUGCCUCUGGAAGCUGAGGCAAGAUCUGUGCUUCUUAAAAAACAUGCAAGAUGCUUUUGUCAGCAAAUAAAGGGGAGGUGGGGCUGUAAGAUUGGUUUGGUAGUUAUUUUUGUGAAGACAGUUCUAAGGAAGAAAUAAUCCAGGUGGUGCAGUUGUAGGAUCUGAGGCUUUCCAUGAAAGUGUUGGUGAGGGAGGGACUCAGGAAUCCUAAAGCUCCUCUGAUCCUGCAGACUCUUCCCCACGUUAGUGAUGGCACUGCAGGAGUUGCCUUCUCGUGGGAGGGUAGGGCAGUGCUUGGGUCCUCUCCUGAUUCUGCAGCUCUGAGCUUGUGAGAGGACAAGGAUGGGGCACACCAUGCCAAACUCAAACAAGUUAUAUUGUGCCUUGGACUUCUCAUAAAUGUGUUCUCUGCCCUCAGGAGGCAAAACCCCUGAAGUCAGUUGAGAAGAACUGGUCCUGGAAUAUUUUAUGUAUUUUACAGGAAUGAAUUAAAAUAGAGAUUUAUUUCAAGGGCUAUUUAGGAUAUUUCCAAGUUGUUGGUAAAUGUCCUGGUACAUUGAAGCAGAAUUCAGAUUCUCUCUGAGCUCUGAACAAACAGAAUUGUCAAUAUGUGUUAGGACUGAGAGACACCUUUUGUUGGUGGCUGGGUACAGAGAACAAACAUGAGAUUUCCUCACUUCCAGAACAGCUUGUACAUCCUGAGCAACACUAACCACGGCAUGUGUGGGCAACAGUCUGUGCCAUCUCCUGUGCUGCAAUUCCCUUUUAAAUGAGCUUUAAGUCCUGGGGCUAAUCUUUGCAAUUUUUUGGUGUAAGAGGUAUGGCUGCCCUUGCUCUCCUUUUUGAUGAUGCUUUGGGAGUUGUCCCUCAGAAGUCGAUGGGAGCAGUGAAAGGCUGAGUUACUGUUCAGUGCAUUUUGAGCUCUCCAGACAGCAGGCUGCAGCCGUGCUGUGGGAGCCUUUGUGCCCCCAGCCCCGGGCAUGUCGGGGGCAGAGCCCUGCUGUGUGUGGCCUGACCAGAGGAGUCCAGGUGGGGCUGAGGCUCCGGGGAGCACAUUCCCUGGGAGCUGCCAGGUCCCACUUUGUCACUGCAGUGCAGCCCUUGGACCUGCAGCUGCCUGGCAGCACAGAAAUAGCCACUGAAAGCUGCAGGGGAAAAGGGUUAAAGAGCUUCCCUUUCACCUUAGGCAAAUAGACAGGAAUACUUGGAAAAGAAAGGGAUGUCAGGAAUGCUGUUGGGAGGAGGGACAGCUGUUUGUUUUAUGUCCUCCCACAGAGUACAACCUAUUUAAAUAUUUACAUGUUCUCUUAUUAAAAGACUUUCUUUCCCAUACUUUUCUGGUUAUUAAGUUAUGAAUGGUGGAGAUGGAGAGAUUUGUAAUUGCUAAUUCUUCCACUUGUAGUGAUGUUGAAAAACAACUUCUAUUGUUCUAUUCUGUUCAUUUUAUUUACUCAGAGAAGUAUGUUGACAGAGUUUUCUAUCAGAUUUAAAUGGUUUCACCAAGGAUUGUGCUUUUUCUUUUAAUAUUAUUACUUUUAGUUACUUUGUAUAUUUUAUAAUCUUAGUAGGCUGUCUGAACAUGCAGUACAAGUAGAAAAUUUCAGAUGAUGCAACCUUGAAGAGAAAAUGGUGAAAAAUUAAUAUUAAAUGUCAUUGCAGAACAUUAUUAAUGCAGAUAUUAAAGCGCUUGUGGAUGCAAAAUUUGUUAUUCAUAAAUAGCCCUCAGUGGUCACUGGGCCCUUCAUUGAUUCACACAUGGCCUGUUCCAACCUUGUUCACAUCCUGGGCAUCUGUUCUCCUACAAGAUCACUGCAUCUAGAACUGUCUAACCACUCACAGCAUCUAUUUGAACUGCUAAGGAGACAUCAGGAGUUAAUGACAUGAAACAUCCUGGGUUGCAGAGCUCUUGCAGGGGUGGGAAAUGUAAUACCAGAACUCCUAAGGCUCCAGGGCAAAGACACCCUUGGGUUAGGAAGUAAUCUUGAAAUCAACAGAUCAUGGGUGACACCAAAUGUGUCCAGAGUCGCUGUUGGGCUGAGGCUUUGGUCAUUAAUCAUAGUUGUAAAUUAAGGUAUUUCACCUCGAUGUAAAAUGAGUAAAAUGAGUUUCACGAGGAAUGUGUUUUGCACACUGUGCAGACCUUCAAUUUGAAGUCUGAAAGUAAUUUGGCAUGAGAAAGAGUGUUCAGUUUGGUAGCAGACAGUGAGUGUUUCGUGUCCUCGGGUGGUUUUAAUUGCUCAGAGCGAGUGGUGUGACAUUGCUGUUUCGUUUUGAGGAGCAGGGUCUGGGUACCCAAGGAAGCCUUCAGAGGGUGAAGGUUGCUCCCAUUGAGCUGAGCUGACCAGCAGACCUCUGACAGACUGUGGCAAGGUUGGUGCUUUGACCUCCAAAGUUUGCACCCUGUAAUAGAUAUUCUGGAAGUAAUCCUUACUCUCAUCUGUAAUAAUUACCCAUCUAAUGAUCUGGGUGGCAAAGAUGGUGGCAAAAGUUAUAAAUGAAAAUUGAACAGAAGAUGGCCCAGGUGCAGGGCAGCCUCUCGGGGUGUGCCUGGUUUGCAGUGGCUGCCCAGGUGGUGGUGAGAGAAAUCUCUGCCACGUUUCAGUGUCCAGAGCCCUGCGGUCUGGCCGGGAGCCAGGGUUUAACGUUGGAGUGACUCUGGCAACUACAAAUCCCAGGGAGCAGUGCCGAGAGCAGCUCAGGGCGGGCGGGCUGGCACCGUGCGGGGCCAAUGGCAGCGGGGAACUCUCCAGCUCCGUGCGUGUCGCCUGCCAGCGCUCAAAAGCGGCGCCCGCAGCUGGCUCCGGACUGCGAGCCGCCUGGUGCCCUGGGCUCCUCUCAUUCCUGCGGGAGCUCUGCCGAGACGCUGUGCUCCGCAGCCUCCCUGCCGCCCGCGAGAAGCCCGCCGGACCAGUGCCGAUGGAUGCCAUCCUGAGCUGCAAGGCGGAGGACCUGGAGGAUUAUUACAACUUGCUGGGAUGCGAUGAGCUAUCGACGGUUGAACAGAUUCUUGCUGAAUAUAAGAUUAAAGCCCUUGAAUGCCAUCCUGACAAGCAUCCUGGAAACCCCAAAGCAGUGGAGGAUUUCCAGAGGCUGCAGCAGGCCAAGGAGACGCUGACCAACGAGGAGAGGCGGGCGCGUUACGAUCACUGGCGGCGGAGCAAAGUCACCGUCCCGUUCCGGCAGUGGGAGGCGCUGAGCAGCUCCGUCCGAACGUCAGUGCACUGGGCUGUCCAAAGUAAGAAGGACCAAAUGCUGGAAGCUCCUGACUUUGGUAAUACCAACAACAUAACUGAUGAGAUGUGGGCCCAACAGCUGGAAAGCAGUGGAGAUGGAUUGUUGGGAGGGAGCAGGGAGCAAGAUGAUGUUGCAAUCCCUGAUGUGAAACCACAGUCUACAAAGAAUCCAGAAUCCCCAAGAUUUUCAGAGGGGAAUUACUGGCACUUGCGUUUCCGCUGGUCAGGCGACGCUCCAUCAGACCUUCUGAGGAAAUUCAGAAACUAUGAGAUCUAAAAUGAGACACACACAGGAGCAGGAGAUCAUCUGUUCAGCAUUCCCUUUGGGUUUUUAACAGCAGUUAUAAGUUAUUUGUGUUUUGUAUUCUUUAUUGGAAUGUGUUCUUCUCGUCAAUGUCUAAAUACUGACUUACCACACGUGCUGGGAGCAUUACAGGUGGAGGUUUUUCUGUUCAAUAACCUGUUCAGUAUUAAUAUAAAGUGAUGUUGUGAAGUUAUCUAACAUCUUGUAUAUUGUUUCUUAUAUUCUCAAAUAUUGUUUGGUGAUUAAUAUUUCUUUCAAUAGUGUGACAUUAUAAAAAACAUACUCUCGGUAGAACCCUGGGCUCCAAGGUAUCCUACUCAGAGGAUCUUCCAAAAGCUUUAUGACAAUGAACUGUAAACAGAGCUGUGCUUAUCUCUUAACUCUGUGCUCUGCUUCACUUCUCCAUUGCAUUGUACUCACUGCAGUGAUUUAUAAUGUAUUCAUUACAAACUUUACUUGUAGGAGAGUUGUGAUCUUAUGUUAUAGAUGAAAUAAGAAGGUUCUUGUUAUCCAAGGUCUCUGUGACAGAUUAAGCACUCCUAAAAAUCCCUUGUCUUCUACCUUAAUAAGAACGCUUUUUGCACCAGCUGUUUGUUUUGGAAGGCAGUUUCAGAACUUUACUUCUCCAGAUAGCAAUUUUUGUCUUAGGAUGUACUGGUGGAAAACUGAUCCCCUGUGUAUGUGUGCCAACACUGUCCCGUGGCUUCAUAGCAAUUCCCCUCCAUGCUCAGGUGUGCUAGACAUGAUUUUACCAGGGUUUUGUGCAGUGAGGAAUGAAACAUCAGUCUAGUCAGCACUAAUGUGAACAAAAUCUCACAUGAAAAGGUUCUGAUACUUCGGGCAACUUUUCAAAUUCUGCAUUGUUGUUUAUUUAUGUUUGUUUAUUUGUGUUUGUUUUCUUCUUUGCAAAUUUGGCUAAUAUGUCAGGUAUGGACAUUGUGGUUUUGUGCAG